UUGAAACUCAUCAGGCGAAAUUGCUGCUAUUCGUUUGAGUCUAAAUUGUUCACUGAGUCUUCUCCGAGCGCCUUAACGAUGGGUUCAGAAAGUGACAUGGUUGAAUCUGGAAAUGUUACUUAUGAGGAUGUCGAAGCCUCCACAGGGAGGCAGGUCAUUUAUAUCGUCCUUUACACUGCUCUAUUGGUCCUCAUUGUCUUUGGAAAUUGUUUCCUCCUCUUUGUUAUCGCGAAGGACAGGACUCUAAAGAGAAGCACUCGCAUCUUUCUCAUCUCACUGACAGUUGCCGACAUCUUUGUUGGCGUUGUUGUGAUUCCGUUGAAGGUCGUGCCGCAGAUCAUCGGGCUCUCAAGCGUCAGCCCCUGGACCGUUUCUGACCGUCUGUGCAAUGCCUCAUACUUUUUGGAGAUCUUCGCCAGUAGUGCCUCGGUCCUUGGGGUGCUUGUUCUCACCAUCGAGAGGUACCUGGCCGUGGAGAUCCCGCUCCGGUUCCGGUCCAUUAUGACGGCUCGCCGGGCGUGCAUAAUAGUUGCUUGCUCCUGGCUCCUGAGCGCCGUCCCGGCGGCCAGCUUCGUCGUGAUGUCGGCGGCGGCCGAGAAAGGGAUAACAGCAUUCAACGAAUUCUCGUGGAGAAUGAGGGCGUUCAGGGCGUCUGCUUUGCGCCAAAUUUCUCAGUGCCUCCCUGUAAGGAGCAACUUAUGUCGAGGAAAAUUGGUCAAACCAAAAUCAGUCAACCGUGUCACCAAGUCUGACACUGGGGACUCACGCAUGUGA